UAUCUCAGGGGAUGCAUAUCUGGCCCGACCCUUUCCCCCAAACAUUAUAUUUUUGUCUCCAGGGAAAGCUCUGAACACUCAAGUGGUAUGGAACUCAGUUCCUGGACACCAGGCAAAAGGCUCCAGUGGAACCACAGCUGCAGUUAAGGUCUUCAUUAAGUGACUUAAUGAUGCCCAUGUCUGUGUUUUGUUCAGCGAUUCAUCCAGAGAGACAAAAGAUAAAGAUGUGAAAAGGAGUCAGGAAUGGUGAAUAUACAACCAAAAGGGGUCUAGAUUCCAGGUUAUGGAGGUGGGAAAUAUAUUAUUCCCUUGCAAAAGAGAAAAAUUGUUAAAGACUCCAAGAAUACGCAUCUAAGAACCCCAGGUUCAGAAUCACUGGAUUUGCAAACUACACUGAUUCGAUGAUAAUGUCUUUCACCUGCAAGUUAUAACUAUGAGAGAAGUUUGUCUUUGUAAUCACAGGCUCCUUGUAUUAUUAUCAAAAACCUUUAGCAGCGCAUACUUCACAGACAUCUGAGUGUACAUCCAAGAUCUCAGAUUGAGGCAUAGCUGGACACCUCCUGGCAAAGGCAUCAUGCAAAUCUUCCCAUGGGGACUUGUCAUAGCAGCAGCGGUGGUGCUCCCAGCCUUUUACUUCAUUACGGAAAACCCUUUUGACAGUACGAGUUUCCUGUCUUUGGAGGAAAAGAAGAUGGUAGCUUGGCAGAGAGCCCGGAUGCAGAUCAACCCUGGCAUAACAGAACACCUCAGAAACUUCAAAGACAUGCAGAGAAACUCAGAGCCACUCAAAAAUGUGAACACUCAGAUCUUGAUUGGAGUCCCUCCCGUGGAAAAAAAACUGCUGACCAUAGGGAUUUCCUCGGUGCAGCAUCCCCAAGGGAGCUACGUCUUGGACACCCUACAAUCUCUCUUCUUUGCUUCUUCCUCACCUGAGCAGAAACUCUUCGUCGUUCUAAUACACCUGGCAAGUCCCAGCUCCACGUGGCUUGGUCAAAUGACCUCCAACAUCUCAACCCUCUUUAAAUCAUACAUCCAAGCCAGACAGCUACUUGUAAUCAACACACCUCAGAAAAGCUAUCUUCCUCUGAAGAAACUUCCGGGACCGUUUAGCGACAGCCCCGCCUUUGUAGCCUUUUACUCCAAGCAGAACAUGGAUUAUGCCUUCCUCAUGAACUUUGCUGCCAACUACUCUGACUACUUCUUGAUGAUUGAAGAUGAUGUGAAAUGUCUCCCUGGAUUUGUCACCCAGAUUGUUAGCAUACUGUCUGCCUGGGAGAGAAGGCUUUGGGUGACUCUGGAGUUCUGUCCCCUGGGCUUCAUUGGAAAACUCUUUCACACUAGAGACCUCCCUUACUUUGUUCAUUUCCUUCUCCUUUUUUACCAAGAAAUGCCUUGUGAUUACCUCCUUUCCCAUUUUCUUAACCUUCUCAAGCAAAACCCAAUCCAAUUCUCCCCCUCCCUCUUCCAGCAUGUAGACAAAUUCAAUAGCUUCAAAGAAGUUGAGGAAAAUAUUGGCUACCCCAGCAAUCCUGCUGCCACCCUUUAUACUAACCUGAAUGUCACCGAUAACUCUAACCUCAUGAGUGCCUACAGCUUGGAUAACAGUUACUUUUAUAUUGAGGAGGCAAAGGCUGGCAGCUAUCUGACUGUGUUUUUGCACAUACCUGCCAUAGUCUUCCAUGUUCAAGUGCUCACAGGCUCUGAACUAAAAGAGGAGAAUCAACUGGAAGAGGGACAAGUAGAACUGGGAUAUGAUUCUACUAAUAGGGUCACUGACUGUGAUGACUAUGUUCUCCUGGGGAUGCUAAUAAAUGGCACCCUGAAUAAGCAUGUAUUAUCUGAAGACUCAGGGAAGAAGGUAAAAUGUGUGAGACUAUUUGUAACAGCUACUGUGUCCUCUGGAUUAAUAGUGAGGCACAUCAACCUCUGGGUUAGAUAAAGUUUAAGUAGUAUAAAGAUAAGCCACUGGAAAUUCUAGAUUGGAGGGAGAAUCUACAGUGUUAACAAAACCUAAGUCUUGAAACUGUGAGGAAAAUCUCUUUACUGGGCCCUUUCAAGAUUCUUAAUACAUUCUGUUGAAAGGCAGAGCAAAAGUAACAUCCUCUUGGUCCCAGAGACUUAUGAGUGGAAGGAGGAAGUUUAUUAAAAUUUUUUGAUGUUCUGUCCCAAAA